AUGACUGCGGAUCGUCAGCGUCCAGAAGAUGUGCAGGAUGAUUUGGCUGAUAUGUUAUCCGUGGCAGAUGAAGUUCAAGAUGCUCUUGGUCAGAAUUAUGCCACUCCAGAUGUGGACGAAAGUGAACUCGAGGCAGAGUUAGCUGCCUUGGGUGAUGAUCUUGGUCUAGACAGUGGCUAUUUGGAUGAGGCCUUGAACGCACCGUCAGUGCCAAACACAACUGUACCCGGUGAAGGAGUUCCGGCAUCGGCUGCUGGCAGCAAAUCAACUGUGGUACAAGCGGAUCCUGAGUGGAAGAAGGGACAGGCCAACAACAAUAAACCGCCGACUGUUUACAAGUUCCAGGAUUUCAGGGCACUCAUGUUAGAUGCCAAAAUAUCAGUCGAAAUCAGAGGGACAAGUACAGAAGAAUUGACGAAGAAUCACUGGCUAAUCUUCAAGGAAGAAAUAGUUCCCACUUUUCUUCUGUUCCGUAUCUUUGACCGAAUUCAGUUUGUUGAUGCGUGGUCGGGCGUUACUCGGAUCCCGCCGGAAUGUGAUAUCUAG